UGCUAUUAUUAGAAUUAAACUACUAGGUAAAUUGUAAUAUUAUUAGGUGGUUACGUACUAAUAUAGAAAAAUCACUUUUUUCAGACUGUUAUAUUCUUUAUUACCAGAUAUUCCUCAUGGGUAAAACUAAAACUCAAAUUAGCUACUGAGGAAGCUUAACCCAUUUGAAUAAAAAUAUAAAUACCCAUUUGAAUAAUAAUAAUAUAGUAAUAGUUUAGGUCCAGUUUGUGUAGGUACCUAAACCGUUCUUUAGCUGGUCUUUUGCAAAAUAAGCACAAUUGGAUCAAUAAGAGUAAUUAAACAAACAAAAUGCCUGCACCAGAUACUCGGCUCUCGCUACGAGAACUCUACCAAAGAAAAGGUAUCUCCCUCUAUAUAAAAAGUUAACGUAAAUUUUAAACAUGAGUACAUGCCCAAAAUAUACGCACUAUUAUAUAUUUUUAUAUUCUUACUAAUAUCGACAAGCAAUUAUUGGAAUUAGUAAAUAAAUAUACUUUCUUAGUGCCAAUAAUUUCUGUCUUGUUUGGGUUAUCAAAAUUGCUGCCAACUUAUCUUGGUCUGAGUCUAGUUAUUUUUUAAUUAUUAUUUCGUUUGAAGAAGCGCACAAUAGGUUAGGUAUAUUGGGUGAAAGCACUACUGCUAAAAACUUUAAGGUACCCACAAAAAAUACAAGAGCAUUGCCACGGACACCUGUCUGCGAAGCACUAGAGCAAUGCAGGCGUUUAAUAUCUUGUAUGGAACUGUGCGAAAAUUUCUGCAAUCGAUCGAUGGGUGUGCCUGUGCCUGGAUUGGUCGAUGGGCGUGGUGGCUGUUAUCGCCGAAAAGGCAGCGGCCAAUAGCGUAGAGGUAGCGAUAAGAGGGUUGGGGUUGUGAACCCUCAGUGUACCGGUCGCAUCGAGACGGGACGGGUGUGCCAUGCUGGGUACCAUGAUGUACCCCGCGGAGGAGGCCGAGAUAGAGGACAUGCGCGUGCCGCCGAUCCAGCUGGAGCACCUGCCCGAAGUGUUCCUGUCCAGUAUCCCGAAGUGCGGCGGCUGCCACGAGAUGAUAGUGGACAGAUAUGUGCUGAAAGUGUCAGACCGAACGUGGCAUGCCGGCUGCCUGCGCUGCGUCGAGUGCCGUGCCAUGCUGUCCGGCAAGUGCUUCGCGAGGAACAACCAGCUUUAUUGUACAGAUGACUUUUUCAAGCGGUUCGGCACAAAAUGCGCGGGCUGCGGGCAGGGCAUCCCCCCCACGCAGGUGGUGAGAAGGGCGCAGUCGCACGUGUAUCACAUGCGCUGCUUCGCGUGCGCGGCGUGCGCGCGGACGCUGAACACGGGGGACGAGUUUUAUCUGAUGGAGGAUGGGAAGCUAGUCUGUAAACCGGACUAUGAAGCGGCUAGAGCCAAAGGCGGAGAAGGAUCAUUAGAUGGUGACGCGGCAAGCAAGCGGCCACGAACGACGAUCACAGCGAAGCAACUAGAGACCCUAAAGAGCGCGUACAGCAGUAGUCCGAAACCUGCACGCCAUGUCAGAGAGCAGCUCGCGCAGGACACGGGACUGGAUAUGCGCGUCGUUCAAGUGUGGUUUCAAAACAGACGAGCGAAAGAAAAGCGACUAAAGAAGGACGCGGGGCGCACGCGCUGGUCGCAGUACUUCAGGUCGAUGAAGGGAGGCGGCAGCGGGUCGCCGCGCCACGAGCGGCUGCUGGAUAAAGACGAGUUGAAGAUAGACCUGGACUCCUUUAGUCACCAUGAUCUCAGUAACGAUAGCUACAGUACAGUAGCGCUGGGUGGCGACGAGGGCUCGCCGGCGGGCGGCGGUGGCGCGGGCGCUACCGGCGGGGUGCGCUACGCCGCCACACCGCCGUACCUACGCGCACAUUCACCACCCCCGCAUCCUCACUACCACUACCCUCCAGACCACCUCGUUUACACUAAUAUUGGUCAAGCCAUGAGUGGCGCCGGAAUAGGCGCGGGCGGCGCGUCGGAUCUCAGCAGUUCGUCGUCUCCAGCCGCGGGAGCUUACCCCGACUUCCCGCCGUCCCCCGACUCGUGGCUCGGAGAGCCUCACCACUAUUCACCCAGAGGCUUCCCCUAGCGACGGCCGCCGCCGGCGCACGCGCAGCCCGCGCCCCCGCCGCUCCCCGCGCCCUACCCCCCGCUCGCGCUCGCGCAGCCGCUCGAGCUCGUCGUCAAGCGGGAGCUGUGACCCGCGACUGAACCGUGACGAUGAGACGAGAUGCCAAUAAGUUCAUAAGGAUCAAACUGGAAUUGGAUACCUUUACGCAAAAUGAACGUUUAUUAAACACAAAAAUAUACCUAAUCAGGACUGUAAAUAAAAUAAAAAUGGAACAAUAAAAUCGGUUUACGAUUUUAAAGUAAAUAACGGAUACAGUUACCGUUACCACUUUGUGUCACACGAUUUUUACUGUUGUGGUGUUUUGUGGUGUGCUGGAUGUAUCUUCAAAUGUGAGCACAAAAUAAGCAUUUUGAAUCGCCUUACUAGUAGCAAGGUACUCUGUAAAUAAAUUAUUAGAAUUCAAAUGUUAAAAUAUGUACAAUAUAAAUUUCUAAUAAAAGACGUCGAUAUACUUAAGUAUUUAUUUAUUAAGAUUAUUUUAUUAUCAAUUACCUACUUACGACAUAAUUCAAUGUUCGACAAAUUAUAUAACAUAUUGUACAUAUGCGUGAAUAAGUGUUAAUUUAGCGGACAGUUAUCAAUAAGUCUAUAGUGAUAUAAUACUUUGUGCAAAAUAAAUUCUAGUCGAGAAAUUAAUGGUAUAAAUUACUAUGAUACAUGAAUUAUACCUACGUACCAUAA